AUCGUAUAAUAUCCUGUCCAUCCACGUUUUUUUCUGGACCGCGUGCAGAGAAGAUUCGUUGCCAGGCUCGCUCGUACAAAAUGGAUACGCAAUGGGUGCGUAUAAGUAUAUGCAGGAACUGUACCGCAAAAAGCAGAGCGAUGUUCUCCGCUUUUUGCUUCGUGUACGAUGCUGGCAGUACCGUCAGUUGACCAAAAUGCAUCGUGCCCCUAGACCGUCCAGACCGGAUAAAGCUCGCCGCUUAGGCUACAAAGCCAAGCAAGGUUUCGUCAUAUUCAGAAUUCGCGUAAGGAGAGGUGGCCGUAAACGUCCUGUUCCUAAGGGUGCCACGUAUGGUAAACCAAAAAGCCACGGUGUGAAUCAACUGAAGCCAACCAGAAAAUUACAAUCUGUUGCCGAAGAACGCGUUGGCCGACGUUGUGGUGGUCUACGAGUAUUAAACAGCUACUGGGUUGCUCAGGAUUCGACGUAUAUGUACUAUGAAGUCAUUUUGAUCGAUCCUGCGCACAAGGAAAUUCGUAAUGAUCCCAAAGUUAACUGGAUAUGCAACGCUGUACACAAACACCGUGAACUUCGCGGAAAGACGUCAGCUGGCAGGAGCUCACGAGGAUUGGGCAAGGGGCAUCGUUAUUCACAGACUAUCGGUGGUUCGCGUCGUGCGGCAUGGCUGAGAAGAAACUCCUUAUCGCUUCGCAGAAAGCGAUAGGCGAUUUUAAUGUUUACAGACUUAAGUUUUGUGCGAACAAGAUACAUCAUUCUAUUGAUAUAAUACGGAUCUUGAUAUCGAUAUUAUGGUAUAUCCUGUACGAAAUAAACAUCUCUUCUUUAAAAAACAA